AUGCCCUGGUGGCGUGUAGACUUGGGCAGAUCACUAGCCAUCGGCAGCGUCGUCGUCUUCAACCGACAAGACUGCUGCCAGGAGAGACUGAACAACUUCCGGGUUCACGUCGGCGACUCUUCCAACGUGACGUCCAACCCACAAUGCGGCGGGGACCACGCCGUGACAUCAGGGCAACAGAGGAUCACAGUGGACUGUGACGGUCUGAGGGGCCGAUAUGUCGGCAUCUCACUCCCCAGAACGGAUAUUCUCACCCUAUGUGAGGUACAGGUCUAUGGAGUUCCACGAGAGCUGGAGCAAGAUCCGUCAUGGGUUGUGGGCUCCGCUGGCACACCGUAUGUCAGCGGCGGAGUCACCUACGAUGCCGCCAAAGUCUUCGAUGGGGACAACGAGACCUACUGGAACCCACAAGGUACCUCGCGUUACCACAACAACUGGUACAUCACACUGGACCUCACAGAGUCUAAAACUCUGAUCGGCAUCGCAGUCAACAACUUUGGAGACACCACACAUGACAUCGCAGUCUUCACGCUGCAAAAGUCGCUUUCUGCUAGCCCGUACAUCUGGCAGGACGUCGUGACCGUUACUGGCGUGCAGGGAGGGACGAGCCAGCGCCAGGAGUUCUUCGGGUUCCAGGGAACAGCGCGGUACUGGAGGCUGCUGAUCACGCAGACUCACUCGGGCUAUCAGCCAACUCCUACAGAGCUGAACUUGUAUGAACUCUUAGCUACCGAUACGGAAUUGUCUGACUUGACCUUUUCCGAGAUCGGGAUAGACCAAAUGACCCUGUCCUGGACGGCGUCUGCUGACCUGGAUAUAACACGAUACGGACUCCGUUACCGCCAUGCCGGGACUUCGUACCUGGACCUGUCUCCCCCGCCAGCACCGAACGACACCACGGUCACCGUACGCGGACUGUGGGCGGGUACAGAGUACAACUUCACCCUGACUGCGUUUGGAGAGAACGACGAGCAAAUAGGAGAGAUCAGUGGGACAGAGACGACAGCUGAAGUUAUCGUGACCGUGGACUGUCGUCAGGACCACAUGAGCGUGACCUUCCCUAGAGCAGCGCUUACAGGGGUAGAUGUGGACACCAUGCACCUGUUGAACGACACCUGCCGUGCGACAUACACCGAGACCGAGGUGACUCUUGGGACAGGUCUACAGGAAUGCGGGACGAUCCAGGAAUCGUCAGGCGACAAACUGAUCUUCAGUAACGAGGCCAUCGGCAGUCCGGUAGUGCAAGAUAACGGCGCUGUGAGAGGAACGCCCUUCAGCAAGAGUUUCCAGUGUGAGUUCGUGAGUCAGUUCGUGAUCUCACAGGAACAGAACAUCCUCUUCAACAUUCCGCCUUCUAGAUUGCAAGUUGUGAACGCGAAAAACCAGUUCACCUUCGAGAUGCACAUGUUUCCAUCUGCGGACUUCGCUCGGACCUACACGUCAGCCGACUACCCAGUGCGGGUGAGCUCGUCUGACCAACUACACUUUGGACUGAGCGUGAACUCUCCUCUGGACAACCUGGAGCUGUUCGCCCUCCACUGCCUCGCCACGCCAAGUACCGACCCUGACGACACUCCAAGCGUCAGCAUCAUUCAAGACGGGUGCGACAUCGACCAAACGCUUCAGCUGAACAAUGCACUGUCUGGUGACAUGGCCUUGUACUACUCCAUCCAAUCAUUCACCUUCCCCAACGUUGUCGAUCCCAGCCUGGUGUACAUCCACUGCACCAUGGUGGUCUGCUUCAAGGACGACCCGAACUCGCGGUGCAAUGAGGGGUGCAUGCCCUAUAGGCGGCGCAGGCGCGCUGUGUCUGACAUGAGCGAGGCCCGAGUGCGACGUGCGAGCGAAACCGACCAGAUAGUCCGUCUCAGCCAGGGACCCUUCGAGGUCGUGGGAGAAGAAAAACAAGCCUCCGCCGUGCCCACUGUCGGCAUCGCUGCCGGGACGGCUGCGGGGAUAGCCGGCGUCCUCCUGAUGGUUGCUGCUGUCUUCCUGGUGAGAAAGAGACGUGGCCGUGACGUCAAGGAGCAGGCUGAAGAUCGUGUCGGUUUUGACAACUACUCGUUCGAACUCUGGGGAAAGGGCAAGGCUACCAACGCGACCCCCAAACCUGAGUAG